UGGGAUUUUAUCAAAGAAAUUUUUCAUGAGCAAAAAUUAUAAUGUCACAUGAUUUAGUCAUGAAACUUCCAUGAAACUUGCAAUCUUAGUUUACAGCAAAUUUGUCCUUAUUUUAAACGACUACCGUGAAAAUUGUAUCGGUAAAUAGCUUUAAAAAUGAAUUAAUUAAAUGGUUGAAAAUGAGCAUAAAAAAUUAAUUGACCAUUUAACCAACUAUUGAUUUGCUCAUCUUGAUGAGUGACUUUAAAAAAGAUGAGUUGAAAUUAGUAAAUACAAAUAAAGAUUUUAAAGGAUUCACGAUUUUGCCCUUAAUCCUUUUCUUCUUUUUCCAAUUCUUAGCAUUUAUUUUUCCAAAAUAUUAAUCCAAGAUUUUGUUCAGCUUGAAGGAGGAGCAAGACCUUUCACUUUCUCUAUAAUUGACCAAUCGCUGACAUCACGCUGACCAAAGUGUUUACUCAGCCAAGUUUUUCGAAUCAACUGACCUGAUUAGCUUUGAUUGGUCCUGAAAAAGGUGAUGAUUAAUACAGCCCAGUAGAGGAAUUUUCAAGUUCAAAGUGCUACACCAGUAGUCAGUUGACCAUCGUACCUUAAACAUUGGAUUGUCACCAUUGUACGAGUUUCCUUCACCAUAAGUUUCAUCCAAGUUUUACCAAAGGUGUUUGAAUACACUAUCAGCUCUACAAGUUUUAGUUUGUUCAGUGUUUGAGUUAUCUGCUUCAAAGAUGGAUGGUAUUCAAAAUUUUAUGACAAAAUCAACUAACAAAUAUCGUUGGUUAAUGGAAAAUGGAGAUCCCAGGGUUAAAGAUUGGCCUUUGGUCGAUUCACCUCUCAUCACAAUUAUUGCUUGUGUAUUAUAUGUUUAUGGUGCCAAAAUAGCAGGUCCCAAGUUGAUGUCGAAUCGGAAACCUCUUCAACUUCGUGAACUUAUGUUGGUUUACAACUUGUUCAUGGUCAUUCUAAAUGGUUACAUAUUUUAUCAAGCUGGGAUUCAUGGAUGGUUCGGAAAAUAUAACUUGUUGUGUCAGCCGAUGGAUUACUCUAUGAGUGUCGACGGUUAUGGAAUGGCCAGAGUGUCUUGGGUUUAUUUUAUCAGCAAAUUUGUAGACUUCUUUGAUACUCUUUUCUUUGUUUUAAGGAAAAAGAAUAAUCAAAUCAGCAAUCUCCAUGUUAUCCAUCACAGCUUGAUGCCUUGUAUUGUUUGGUCUGGUCUCAAAUUUUGUCCAGGUGGCCAUGGAACAUUUUCUGGAUUCUUAAAUAGCUUUAUUCAUAUUGUUAUGUACACAUAUUAUUUCUUGGCAGCUUUUGGUCCAAAAGUACAAAAAUAUCUUUGGUGGAAAAAGUACAUAACAACCAUGCAGAUGCUUCAGUUCAUCAUUGUCUUUCUCCACGGAAAUUUGCUUCUCAUCUAUGAUUGCGGUUACCCCAAAGUUUAUGCUUAUGAACUGAUGUGUAUAGCAACACUUUUUUUCAUAUUAUUUUCCAAUUAUUUCAGACAAACAUAUGUAAAGAAACGAGUUUAAAUAAAUAGUCAUUUUCUACUUU